UUCACAACAAAAUAGAUGAAAGAUAUCUGCGAUCUCGAUCUCCUCUCUAAACAUUAUAUAGUCUAAGUUUUUUAAAAUUAAAUAAUUCUCUUCUUGCCAUUUAUUGGAAAAACAUUAACAAUGUCAGGACUGUUUCGCCUACGUGUUCUACAAGGUUUAACGAAAAAUGUGAGUCUAGUUGCGAGAAGUAAGAAUUUAUGUCGCAAAAUUGGCACCUCAUCGAAAAAGAAUGUUACCGAAGUGACAAGUUCGCCUGAGGAUCUUUAUCCAGUAAAGAAGAAUUGGGUGAGCUGGGGAUUCGAUACCGAAGAUAAAAGAAUGGAUCGUCAUAUUGCCCAUCUCACAUUUUUUGUUUCCGUCACAGUGUGCUUGGUUCUUGGAAGCUAUUAUUCCAUGUUUUUGCCAAACAAAAACAUGAUCGAUUGGGCACAACGAGAGGCUUAUUUGGAGCUUAGGAGAAGAGAAGAACUAGGUCUUCCACCAGUUGAUUCAGACUAUUUUGAUCUCUCGGAAUUUCAACUUCCAACUGAUGAAGAAUUAGGUGAUACGGAAGUUAUUAUUUAAUUUGGUUUUCAAACUUCGAAUCGUCGAAAAGUGCUGGUAGUACACACACUGCAAUGUUUUAUACAAAAGUAAAGGAAAAUUGUAGUUUUGUUUCUUGAUAUAUUAAUUUAUUGUUUUUGGAGAAAUGAAAUGAAAUAUUAAGAAAGUACAGUUAUAUCUCGAGUUCAAUGUAAAUAGGGUCAGAAAAUAAAAUGCUGUAUUUAUUGAUAAAACA